UAAGGUUUCUAGGAUGAAGUACAUGAAAGGAAAACCGAAGAUGAUUUUCUUCCAGGGUAACCGUGAAAAAGCAAAGGAAGAAACUGAAGCUGACAUCGACAUGGAAAUAUCAGACGCAUCCGACCUUCUCGUUGUCCAUUCUACAACAUCGGGAAACGUUCCAGAUAGAAGCGUAAUCCGUGGUUCAAGGUUCAUUCAGAUGCUAUGUAAGGAACUCCUUAAGAAUGCCCAUGUCAGUGACUUGUCUACCAUGUUAGAGCAGGUAACACGAAAAGUCGGGAAGAAAACCUUCAACCAUAAAUAUGAUAAAACUCCAGAAGUUAUUAAACAAGGGAUCUCGAAGAAGAUAUAUUUUCUUCCUAAAUACCCUCCAGAAGAGAAUGAAUAGUCCAGCAGAAUGGUGCUGAAUAUGGUAGGA